AUGCUUUCUCCUACACGUAGAGAUAGUGAAGAAGAAGCACUGAUGUUGUCUCGUAGAAAACAAAUAGAAUGUACCUUUACAAACUCUUCAGUUGGAUUUCCUUUACCAUCACGCAACUCCAACUACGACGAAGAUGAAAACGAGCCCCUUUUUAUAGCUUGCCUUAACGGAUGUGACGCAAAAGUACAAGAUUUAUUGCAAAAGGGUGCGAAAAUUAAUUCACAUGAUAAAAACGGGUGGAGUCCUUUAUAUAUCGCUACAGUAUUUGGAAAUGCCAGCACCGUGGAAAUUUUACUUAAUAAUAAAGAUGUCAAUAUUAAUUUAAGUAGUAAGGACGGAGCAAGCCCUCUAUACAUAGCUUGUAAAAAAGGACAUGAGAACAUUGCACGGCAGUUACUUGACCAUAAAGCGGAUGUUAAUCUAAGAAACAAAGACGGAGCAAGUCCUCUGUACGUCGCUUGUGAAUACGGACAUGAGAGCUCUAUGCAACUUUUACUGAACAAUGGUGCUGAUAUCAAUUUAUGCAGAAAUAACGGAAUAAGUCCCCUCCAUGUUUCGUCUGAAAACGGACUUUCCAACAUUGUAAAACAUUUGUUACUGCACAAAGAUGUGAAAGUCGAUUUAUGUGAUGAAGGCGGAGCCAGUCCCCUCCAUUACGCUUGCUUAAAUGGACAUGAGAACAUUGUGCAACUUCUACUUAACAAAGGCGCCGAUAUUAAUUUAUAUGGUAACAACGGAGCCAGACCUUUACAUAUAGCUUGCAAAAACGGACAUGAGGACAUUGUGCUACUAUUACUAAAAAACAAAGCGAAUGCUAAUAUAAGAAGAGCAGACGGAGCCAGUCCUUUAUAUCUCGCAUGUAAAUAUGGACAUGAGAGCACUGUGCAACUUUUACUGGAAAAUGGUGCGGAUAUCAAUUUAUGCAGAAAAGACGGAGUAAGUCCCCUAAAUGUUACGUCUGCAAAAGGAUAUUCCAAUAUCGCAAAACAUUUGUUACUGAACAAAGAUGUGAAAGUCGAUAUACCUGAUGAACACGGAGCCAGUCCCCUUUAUUACGCUUGCUUAAAAGGACAUGAGAACAUUGUGCAACUUUUGCUGAACAAAGGUGCCGAUAUAAAUCUAUGUAGUGAUAACGGAGCCAGUCCUCUAUUUAUCGCUUGCCAAAACGGACACGAGGACACUGUGCUCCUACUAUUAAAUAACGAAGCUGAUGUUAAUAUAGAAAGAAAAGACGGAGCCACUCCUUUUUUUAUCGCUUCCAAACACGGGCAUGAUGGCGUUUUACGAAUUUUACAAAACAAUUAUGUCAAUAUCAACUAA